UACCUAAAUGGAGCGAAGAGAUGUUUGUGAUGCUAGAUGACCAUCAUAUGCAGCUCCAGAAUAUUGUUCAUUCGAGAUAUGUCGGAGAGAUGGCCAAAGAGGCUGACAUUUGGAGGAGAAAGCUGGACAGUGUGGGUCGGAUACUCAAUGUCUGGUUCGAUGUCCAAAGGAAGUGGCUGUAUAUGGAGAGUAUUUUUCUGGGAAGUAGAGAUAUUCAGGAGAAAAUCCCAGAGGAAAGUCAGAGGUUCAUUGCGAUUGAUAAGAAAUUGAGGGGACUGGUGGAAAAGAUUCAGAAAACUCCUUUAACCAUCCGUAUCAUCAGUCAUGGUAAUUUGCUGAAGGAGCUCCGGGGCAUUGAGGAGCAAUUGAUAGCCAUUGAGAGGGUGCUCAAUGAAUAUUUGGAGGGGAAGAGAAUGGAUUUCCCAAGAUUCUACUUUAUCUCAUCGGUUGAUUUACUGGACAUUCUCACGUGUGGAAGUCAACCCCGGGAGGUAUUUCGGCACCUCACGAAGCUCUUUGACUCCAUCAAGUCACUUCAGAUGGGUCAGGAUGAGGAGUCCUUAGAAGCCCUAGGGAUGUUCUCGAAGGAGGAUGAGUAUGUGACAUUUCAGAAAUCUUUCAAAUGCCCUGAAGCUGUCGAAGUCUGGCUGAAUUAUCUGAUAACUGAAAUGAGGAUGACUCUGAGGCAUGUCUUGGGUCAGGCUGUGGCGGGAUAUAGUGAGAAGGAGAGGCAUGAGUGGAUACUAGAUUGGCCAGCUCAGCUAGCUCUCUGUGCUACCCAAAUCUGGUGGGCUACAGAAGUGGAGAGGGCAUUCAGGCAAAUGGAGGAAGGCAAUGAAAAUGCCAUGAAAAACUACCAGAAGAGGCAGAAGGAGCAACUAAGUGAGUUAAUUAACAUGUUGAUUGGGGAACUAACGGUGGCCGAGAGGCAGAAAAUCAUGACGAUAUGUACUAUUGAUGUACAUUCGAGAGAUGUUGUGGCCAAACUUAUUGGCGAGCAUAUUGAAAGUUCUAUGGCCUUUCAGUGGCAAAGUCAACUUCGUCACAGAUGGGAUGAUGAUGAUAAUGAUUGUUUUGCCAACAUCUGCGAUGCCAAUUUUCCCUAUGACUAUGAAUACUUGGGAAAUACACCAAGGCUCGUGGUUACACCACUCACCGACAAGUGCUACAUCACCCUGACUCAGAGUCUCCAUUUAUUCAUGGGAGGUGCUCCGGCAGGACCAGCAGGGACUGGAAAGACUGAAACAACUAAGGAUCUUGGACGUGCUCUGGGCAUAAUGGUGUAUGUGUUUAAUUGCUCGGAACAAAUGGAUUAUAAAUCUUGUGGGAACAUCUACAAAGGUCUGGCACAAACUGGUGCUUUUGGAUGUUUCGAUGAGUUCAAUCGAAUAUCCGUGGAAGUCCUCUCUGUUGUAGCAAUUCAGGUGAAAUCCAUCUUGGACGCCUUAAAGGUUGGCAGGACGUCGUUCAAUUUCUUGGGAGAAAGAAUAAAAUUGGUACCAACUGUUGGAAUUUUCAUCACAAUGAAUCCUGGCUAUGCUGGUCGAACUGAACUACCGGAAAAUUUAAAGGCCCUUUUCAGACCUUGCUCAAUGAUAGUGCCAGACAUUGAGUUGAUCUGCGAGAUUCUUCUAGUAGCUGAAGGUUUUCAGAAUGCCAGGGCUCUUGCCAGAAAAUUUAUCAGUCUGUACUCCAUGUGCCGGGAACUUCUGUCAAAACAAGACCACUACGACUGGGGCUUGAGGGCUGUAAAAUCAGUCCUCAUAGUGGCAGGAUCCCUAAAACGUGCUGACCCUGCAAGAUCCGAAGAUGAAGUUCUAAUGAGAGCUUUGAGAGACUUUAACACUCCCAAAAUCACUAUAGACGACACUCCAGUGUUUCUGGGAUUGAUUGGGGAUUUAUUUCCUGCCCUUGACGUUCCCCGUCAGAGGAAUACUAAGCUAGAGGAAGUGGUGAGGGAGGCGGCUAUUGACCUCAACCUUCAGCCUGAGCGAAGUUUUGUGCAGAAAGUGAUAGAGUUGGAGGAAAUCCUCGAGAUUCGUCAUUCUGUGUUCAUUAUUGGGGCGGCUGGUGUGGGAAAAUCAUGCGUGUGGAAGACACUUUUCCAGACGUAUCAGAAACUAGGAAAGGAUCCCAUGUACAGUGACUUGAAUCCCAAAGCAGUGACAAAUGAUGAACUCUUUGGUGUAGUUCAUGGGGUAACGCGUGAAUGGCAGGAUGGAUUGUUCUCCAUCAUUAUGCGUGAUCAGGCGUAUGCGUCAAAUGUUGGCCCGAAGUGGAUUGUUGCUGAUGGUGACAUCGAUCCAAUGUGGAUUGAGAGUCUUAACACCGUGAUGGAUGACAAUAAAGUGCUUACAUUGGCAAACAACGAACGUAUUCCACUCACACCAUCGAUGAGAUUGGUGUUUGAAAUUGGUCAUCUACGGGCAGCGACACCAGCAACAGUAUCCCGUGCUGGUAUUCUCUACAUAAACAAUCAGGAUGUUGGCUAUCAACCUCUGAUACUGUCAUGGAUAGAGGGACGCAAGAGUGAUGGGGAGAAAAUCAUCUUGAAUCACUUGUUCAACAAAUAUGUUCCAGUCAUCCUCGAAGCCAUUCACACAAAAUUUACCACCAUUAUUCCACUUGUGGAUGUCGCCCUUGUGAGGACAACUUGCAGCCUUCUCGAUAGUCUCCUCACACCCGAAAAUGUUCCACCAAACAGCUCUAACGAGUGGUAUGAAAUUUACUUUGUAUUUGCUGCAAUUUGGGGCUUUGGCGGAGCACUGUUCCGGGACCAGCAGCGUGAUUGGCGUUUAGAAUUUCAUCGUUGGUGGAUAAGAACAUUCAGAACAAUUAAAUUUCCUGCAACAGAUGAAACUGUAUUUGACUACCAUGUCGAUCCGGAUACAAAGAAAUUUAUUCCAUGGAGCGGUCUCAGGGAUGACUUUAAGUUCUAUCCUGAAAUCCCACUACAAAUGACUUUUGUGGACACAGAAGAUACUGUGAGGGUGCAAUAUUUACUUGGUCUUCUGAUUGAUGCUGGUCAUGCUGCUAUGAUUGUAGGAGGUGGAGGAUGUGGAAAGACGAUGCUUGUGCAGAGGCAUUUGGCAUCACUGCCCAGUGACUAUAUGUGUGCAAAUAUUCCUGUGAAUCUCUAUACGACAUCGAGAGGAUUUCAAGAGUCACUGGAGGUGCAUCUAGAGAAGGCAACAGCACGGUCCUUGACACCGAGAAAUGGGAAGAAAUUGAUUUAUUUUGUGGAUGACAUCAAUUUACCCCAGGUUGAUCUAUAUGGUACAGUUGCACCUCAUACCCUUCUAAGGCAAUAUUUUGACUAUAACCAUUGGUAUGGAAGUGACAAGUAUGCUCUCAAGACCAUUCACAAUUGCUCCUUUGUCACCACAAUGAAUCCCAAUGUUGGAUCCUUCACAAUCAAUCCUCGCCUUCAGAGACACUUUGCAACUAUUGUCCUGAAUUUUCCCACAAACACCCAUCUCCACCACAUCUAUUCCUCAAUAUUGGGUCAGCAUCUGGAGAAUAAGAAUAACAAGUUCACCCAACCUGUACAGGAUAUUUGUGCAAAUAUCGUUAAGAGUUCAAUUGAUUUUCACAUGGAAGUAUUACAGAAUUUCCUACCGACAUCCACUAAAUUUCACUACAACUUCAACCUUCAUGACAUCACGAAUAUCUUCCAAGGGCUCAUCUUUUCACGCCAUGCUUCGUGUCCAGACAAAUUGGGGCUUUUUAAGCUCCUUAUCCACGAAUUUUACCGUGUGUAUUCAGACAGGCUGGUAUCCAGGGAGGAUCUAAAGACUUUUGAUUCUUUGAUUGAAACAUCAAUAGAGAAGGCAAAGGAUUACCUGGAAGAUGAAGUGCAGUUGCCCAAGCCUCUGCUCUUCUUCCACUACGCCAAUGGCUUGAAUGAUGCUGAAUAUACUUCAGUCAAGUCCUGGGAACAUCUUAAUGCGUUGCUGGAAGAGGCACAAGUCAACUAUAGAGACACUGUAGGUCCAUCAAAUUUGGUGCUCUUUGAAGAUGCUAUGGUUCACAUUUGUCGCAUAAUUCGCAUUUUGGAGUCAAGUCGAGGACAUGCAAUGCUCGUGGGAGUUGGUGGAUCGGGUAAAAGGUCACUGACGAAGCUCAGUGCUUUCAUAUCAUCUCUUCGCAUUGAACAAAUUCAACUGAGUUCGGGAUAUGGAGCAACUGAAUUCCGGAGUGACCUGGGUGAGAUGUACAAGAAGACGGGGGUUAAGAUGACCAAGUGCUGUCUCAUGAUAUCUGACGCUGAAAUACCCUCUGAGGAAUUUGUCAUGAUUAUUAAUGAUGUCCUUGCGACUGGGGAGUGUGCAAAUUUGCUGCCUGAGGAGGAUAUCGAAGAGAUUGUGCAGCUGGUGAGGGUGGCAGCUAAGCAACAGGGUGUUCCAGAUGAUCGGGCCAAUUGCUGGAGGUUCUUUAUCGAUCGUGUCAGGAAUAAUCUCAAAGUUGUUCUCUGCUUCUCACCUGUGGGUAACACAUUGAGACAGAGAGCAAGGAAAUUUCCCGGAAUAUUCAGCAAUUGUCGCAUAAUUUGGUUCCAUGAUUGGCCAAAGGAAGCCCUAAUUUCCGUAGCUGAGAGAUUUCUCACCAAUUUUGACCUUAUACCUCAGGAUUCUGUAAAAUCUGUCAGCUACUUCCUGGCGGAAGCUCACAAUUCUGUCAAUAAAGUGUCGAAGAUGUACCUUGAAAAUGAGAAAAGAUUCAACUAUACAACACCCAAAACAUUUCUCGACACUAUUGAUCUCUACAGGAAAUUAUUCGUGGAACGAAAUGAGAAGAUUACUGAAUGGAUUAAUCGUUUGGACCAGGGACUUGUUAAACUCGAUGCUUGUUCGAGUGAGGUAGCUGUGUUGAGGGUAACUCUGGAUGAGCAGGAAAUCGUUAUGAUGGAGAAAAAGGAGGAAGCAGAUAAAGUUCUUGAGGUACUGCAGAAGGAAAAUGCCGUGGUGAGUUUUGAGAGGUCCUCUGUAUCCGAGGAUGAAAGGAAUGUCCGGAAAAUUGAAGCUGAAAUUGCUGAGACUGCCCGUGAAUGUGAGGCUGAAGUGAAAUUGGCUGAACCAGCGAUAGUCCAAGCUGAAGCUGCGCUUAAUACUCUGGACAAAAAGAACCUGACUGAAUUGAAGUCUUUCGGAACACCUCCUCCUGGGGUUGAACUGGUGACCCAGGCUGUACUUGUCCUCUUUGCCCGCGGAAGAAUCCCACGAGAUCGCAGCUGGAAAGCUUGUAGGGCAAUGAUGGGCAAGGCUGACACCUUCCUCAGCAAUCUCAAGACUUUCGACAAAGAAAAUAUCAAACCAGAGACAAUUGAAGCAAUUCUGCCUUAUCUGAAAGAUCCCUCAUUCCAUCCGGAGAAGAUGAGAGCCAAGUCAUCUGCUGCAGCUGGAUUAUGUGCCUGGGUGAUUAACAUUCAUAAAUUCCACAAGGUUUAUUCUGAUGUGAAGCCGAAAUUGGACAAACUAGCUAUGACUAGAAAGCAAUUGGCCGAGGAACAGGAGAGAUUGAUGGAGCUGAAUGAGAAACUCGGAGUGUUGGAGGAAAAAUUGAAAAAGUUGGAAAAUAAGCUUCCAAUGGCAUUGGACGAGCAAAAAGUCUGUCAGGAUGAAGCUGAUCGAACGGCGAAUGCACUUGAUUUAGCCAAUCGAUUGAUUCUUGGCCUAUCAUCCGAACGUGUUAGGUGGAAGGAGUACAUGCUGAAGUACCAUGAGCAGAUGAAUACUACCCUUGGGGAUACACUAAUUGCCGCAUGUUUCAUCUCCUACUUGGGCUCUUUUACACAGAACUACCGCGAUAAAAUCAUCAGAGAAUAUUGGUCUCCCACAUUCAAUGCUCUUCAGCCAACUAUUGACACUGGGGAGGAUCUGGUAGAUAUGAAUCCUUUUCUGAUUGUAUGCAACGAUGCCAUGGCUGCUGAAUGGAACAACGAGGGAUUGCCUAGUGAUAAAAUGUCAAUAGAUAAUGCCAUGAUUCUCCAAAGCAGCGUUCGAUGGCCUCUCAUUAUCGAUCCUCAGUUGCAGGGAAUAAAGUGGAUCAAGGGGAGGUAUGGGGAUGACCUGGUGGUGGCACGUCUGGAUGCUGAGAACUGUCUGAAUGUGGUGGAAGAGGUGGUGAAAGUGGGUGGGGUGCUGCUGCUGGAGAAUGUAGAUGAGACGCUUAGUCCAGUGAUGGGAAAUCUCUUUGGUCGUGUCCUUCUGAGAGGUGGUCAAACGGUGAUGCUGGGCGAUCGUGAGAUUGACUACAACCCCACCUUCAAACUAAUCCUACAGACCAAACUGUCCAAUCCACACUACCAGCCCGAAGUCCAGGCACAGCUCACAUUAAUUAAUUUUACUGUGACACGUGAGGGCUUGGAAGAUCAAUUGCUCGUGGAUGUUGUAAAAUUGGAACGUCCAGAAUUAGAAGAGCAACAGCGUGAGUUGAGUGUUCAGAGGAAUAUUUUUAAAAUUCAGCUGAAAGAACUGGAAAAUAAAUUGCUGGAGCGAUUGUCAGGGGAGACGGGAAAUAUUUUGGAGAAUGCAUCACUUGUGGAAAAUGUGGAGGAGAACAAGAGAUUGGCUGAAGAGAUUGAAAUUCGCUCCAAGGAGGCACGUGAGAUGGCUAGAGAAAUCACAGAAGCGCGUGAGAUGUACAGAGAUGUGGCCAGACGAGCUGCUAUUCUCUACUUUAUCCUGAUGGAUCUGCACAGAGUUAAUCCAAUCUAUCAGUAUUCCAUGGAGAUAUUUCGAAGAGUUUUUGUGCGUGCCAUUGAGGACACUCCGAAGGAUGAUGUGAUUAGGGAACGUAUUAGAUCCCUUAUUGAAAAUAUUACCUACGAAGUGUACAAUUUCAUCAGUCGGGGACUAUUUAAGAGUGACAAGUGGCUUCUCCUCAUUCAAAUCUUCCUGCAACUAUAUGUCAAUUCCAAGGAAUACAAUGCAAGUGAAUUGGGUUUCCUGCUGCGUUGCCCAGCCAAACAGAAUGUCAAGACGCCCGUACCAUUUCUAACUGAUGCCAAUUGGGGUGGAGUUUUGGCACUUGCCGAAAUGGAGAAUUUCCGUGAUAUUGAUCGAGAAAUUGAAGAAUCUAGCAAGAGAUGGAAAAUUAUUGUGGAGUCUGAAAUGCCAGAAAAUGAAAAAUUCCCAGGUGAUUGGCGUUCAAAGAACGCUAUUCAGAAGCUCUGCAUUCUCCGUGUGCUUAGACCGGAUCGAAUGGUGUAUGCUUGCUACCAAAGUGCCAUUACCAGACUUGGACCAAGGUUCAACAGUAUUCAACCACCGGAAUUAGCCAAGAUCUUCCAGGAAAGCUCAUCCCAAACCCCCAUCUUCUUCGUUCUCUGCCCAGGUGUAGAUCCAAUCACGGAGGUUGAACGUUUGGGACGGCAGCUGGAAUUUACAACAGAGCUGGGUAACUGCCAUAUCGUAUCUCUGGGUCAGGGUCAGGAAAUUAAUGCUGAGUUGGCAAUUGACAUGGGGGCCAGGGAAGGUCACUGGGUCAUAUUGCAGAAUAUUCAUUUGGUGGCAAAGUGGCUGCCAAAGCUGGAAAAGUGCAUUGAUGCUGCGACAAAAAAACCACAUGAAUCCUUCCGACUGUUCAUGAGUGCUGAGCCGGCUGAAUCUGCUGAUUUUCACAUUUUGCCCCAGGGUAUCCUCGAGUCAGCGAUAAAAGUCACGAAUGAACCACCAUCUGGUAUGAGUGCCAAUCUCCAUGGGGCGCUCAAUCAAUUCAACCAGGCCACUCUCGAUGCCUGUCCACGAGAGGUUGAGUUCAAGGCUAUCCUCUUCGCCAUGUGCUAUUUCCAUGCCAUUGUGGGGGAGAGGAAGAAAUUCGGAGCAGCCGGAUGGAAUAGGUCGUACCCUUUCAACUACGGAGAUCUUACUUUUAGCUCAAGGGUUCUGCAGAACUAUCUUGAGGAUGACUUGAAAGCAGUGCCUUGGGAUGAUCUACGAUACAUGUUUGGUGAAAUUAUCUACGGAGGACAUAUCACGGAUGAUUGGGACAAACGUUUAUGUCAAACUUACCUACAGGAAUUCCUGCAACCCUCUCUUAUUGAAAAUGAAUUAGAAUUCUUUCCUGGAUUCGAGGCACCCGGCAAUCUCGAUUACACCCUAUACCAUACGUAUAUCGAUGAGAAUCUCCCACCAGAAUCACCCUAUCUUUAUGGUUUGCAUCCGAAUGUCGAAAUCGUAGUCGAGACAUCCAAAGCUGCCGAAAUGUUUGGUAUGCUUCUGCGUCUUCAGCCACAGAAUGUCACAUCAUCGUCAUCAGAGGGCAUCAGCAGGCAGGAUGUUGUCCGAGAUAUUGUGGAUAGUUUUCUGGACAGUUGUCAUGGAGGCUUUGUGAUGGAAGAACUUUCAGCCAAAGCGAGCAGUCAUCUAACUCCCUAUGCCAUUGUUGCUCUGCAAGAAUGUGAAAGGAUGAAUGUCAUUUGGCGGGAAAUAAAGCGUUCGCUCAUGGAACUCAAACUAGGCCUCUCGGGGGAGCUCACAAUGUCCAAUGACAUGGAAGAGCUUGAAAAUGCUUUGUUCACAGACAAAAUUCCCGCCAAGUGGACAAAACGGUCUUAUCCUAGUCUCCUGGGAGUGCAGAACUGGUUCUCGGAUUUGCUUCUUCGAGCGCAGGAGCUUGAGAUUUGGACCUCAAGCUUCAGCCUCCCGCCAGUUGUUUGGCUAGGAGGCUUCUUCAAUCCCCAGAGCCUCCUUACGGCUGUGAUGCAGCAAACAGCUCGUCGACAUGGCUAUGCCCUGGACAGGAUGUCCCUAAAUUGCGAUGUUACGAGGAAGACAAAGAGUGAAAUUGGGAUAGCCCCACAAGAAGGCAUUAACAUUCAUGGUCUGCACAUGGAGGGAGCUCAAUGGGAUGUGGAAUCGGCUGCGAUAGUGGAAGCGAGUCUCAUGAAGCUGACAGCAGAAGUUCCGGUGAUGUACUUGAGGGCUGUGAUCAGUGAGAAGCAGGACAAGCGAGCAGUUUAUGAAUGCCCGUUGUAUAGGAACCGUUCCAGGGGUCCAACCUACGUCUGGACGUUCAAUCUAAAGAGCAAGGAGAAACCAUCAAAAUGGAUUCUCGGGGGAGUCUGUCUCCUUCUCGAACCAUGAAUUUUGUUUGGGAAUUUGAAGGAAAUUUCCAGUAUGAAUUAUGAAAUAAAAUGUCUGGCUAAA